CGUGCUGUACAUACCAAUGCCUGUAUAUCCGCAUCGGUGCACUUGGAAUCCGUUCCCUUUAUGCCUGAAACAGCCACGUAGUGCCUUUAGGUGGUUAAUGCCGAUAGACGGGAUAUGCAGCAUGUGCAUAUAAUAAAUUCCAAGUUUUCGAUGCCUAUUUUUACUGACGCCGCAUGCAUGAACGGAUACGGGAAAUUGUAAAAUAGACAUAGCGAUGCUAAUGGAAGAAAGAUUUCGUCGUCUUGUUUCAACCUGUGUCUACGUAUGGGCUUUAAUCAUGCAUACAGGUAUGGUAAAUGGACAAUCCACGAGAUCUUUUGAGUCGGCAUUCGAAGCCUUAGACAGCCUGCGCCAAAACGUUGGACGCAGUGCAGUAAAUAUUCAGAAUGCGGUACAAGCUGCAAUACCCGGCAUCACAUAUCCACAGCUUUCUAGCAUUCCCGACACAUCUUUUGACUGCAGUGAAAUGCCAAAUUCGGGAUUCUACGCCGAUGUGGAAACAGGAUGCCAAGUGUACAGACGAUGUAAUGGACCGCGAAUGAAUUCGUACCUUUGCCCCAAUGGAACACUAUUUAAUCAGAUCGCUCUGACUUGUGAUUGGUGGUACAAUGUCAACUGUUCCAAAUCGACGACCUUUUAUACGUUCACCAACGCACGACUGUAUAAGUCCAAUGAAACACUUUUCGAAGAACAGACAAGCGUACAACCGUCACAUUCAACUUCACCCAGCGCUGAGAAAAAGAUGAUACACCCAUCGACUAAACGAUCCUCGAAAGCCACUAGAAUGCAUCCUUCGAAACGCACAACUUCAACUAACGUUUUGUCUUCGGCAAGGCACACGAAAGCAGCUGCUCCUGAAAAACGAACGACGCCAUUACGAAAUUCAUCUUUAGCAUCCGUAACGUCAGCUAAAAUUGUUAUCAAGAGCCUUGUUACAAAGAAGAGUUCCCAAAGAACGACGCCACAUGUCACCACUACGGUGUCGUCCUUAGAGCCGCCACCUGCCGCACAACCCAGGUUCUUUGAUGAUCCACAGAUGGUACCGGUCAGCACAGUUCAACCUGAAGUGAGCCAAGCAAACGGAAUAACCACAUUAUUGGUCGAAGUCGUUACGAGUUCAAUGCCACUCCUUACUAAAGAUCUGAAGAUCCCUAUAAAAAACCUUUCAUCUGCAGAUCCUGCUUCUAGUGCACCAACGACACCACGUCCCAUUGCAACCUCUUCCUCUGAUAGGCUUGAAGUCAGCAGCACAUCGCUUCCCCACGGAAUAUCCAGUUCCCCGACAAAAGUUGUGCUGACGGACAAGAACGAAUCUGCUCCGCUCGUAAACAACAGCACGGCAAAGCCAGUAAUAGCGUUGGAAACAACGAUGACAGCGUCCCUACCAAAGAACGCCACAACAGGAAUCUUGAACUAUACAUCGACAACAGUACCAAUUAUAUCGUCAACUUUGGUGGCACAUGGGAGCUCUUCCAUGCUUGUUUCGACCGGUGCACCGCCCAAAAAUGUCAGCGACAAUGCAGUUGUUACCAUUACCGGUACCACGACGACAACGGCGCCAGCUGUAGCUACAACCAAUUCGCAGCGGCAGUUGACAAUGCCAAAUUCAACCAUAAGUACAAUAUCAACGUUACAGCCGGAAUUGACGUCCCGCCCCACCAGCCCCAGUACUAUUUCUAUGCCGCCGGGAAAUUCUACCAUCUCAACGAAUCCAAAUUUGUUGAUCAGCAGUGACAGCACCACUGAAUCAAGAAGGCAACCCAGAGUGGUUGAACAAAUGGGAUUUUUUAAAUGUACCCAGAAAAAUUUCGACAAAAUUCAGACGUACAAAUCGUUUCGUUUUCUAACUGUUUCCUUGUGUACAUAGAUAAUUUUAUGGUGAAGGAGGACGAAGGCGAUAAUUUUUAAAACCGAUACCCGCAUAUAGCUUGUGUUUGUUUUGUUUUUAUUUAGGUACAUAAAUUUUUUAGCAUUUGCAUUGGGUAAAAAUUAUAUGAAAACUCCAGCGCUGUUCAAAAUUAAAAAGCAUUCAG